AGAUUCCCAGCAGACCCCAUUCAGUUUAAAUAGAGCUUUGUGAACCACAUGGAGAGACAGAGCUGUCUGGAGCGCCGAGACUUCUUCAUCUCGAAAUUGUUUGGACUUUUGAGGUAUUUCUGUUUCACCAAAAUGGAUGUGAUUUCCGGGAUGCAGAAGAUGUCAGUGGUGCAGCCGCCAGCGGGAAGGGGUGCGGUGUGUCUGACAUGUAAAGGGAUCUGCUCUGGAUUCCAGCCACAUUCCUGGAGCAAAGCUUGCACUCAGUGUCACUGCAGCCAAGAAGACCACGCACCCAGCUCGGAUCUCGAGGAUGACUAUAAAAUGGGCCGAUUGUUGGCGAACUCCAAGUACGCCCACCUGACCACCAAAGUGAAAGGUGGAGAUGGCCUGAGGGUCUACAAACGUAACCGCAUGAUCAUCACCAACCCUGUGGUGUCUCGCAAAGACCCCACCUUCAACACCAUCACCUAUGACUGGGCCCCACCUGGCCUGACUCAAAAACUGGCCAUGCAGUAUAUGGAGCUUCUCCCGGAGGAAAGGCGGCCCGUGGCGGGCACAGAAGGGGCGCUGUACAGGCGCAGACAGCUGAUGAGGCAGCUCCCUGCUUACGAUCAGGACCCGUCACAGUGCCACAGCUUGUCGGAGGCUGAAACCAAAGCUAUGGCUCAGUUUAUAAAAAGUUAUAAGGAGGAGGUGUUGGGAGUGGGGGAGGUGGCACUGCCAGGAGAGGGAGGAAUGCCCAGAGACAACAGUGGAAAACAGAAGAAUGGGAAAGAACAGCCAAACCCAGAGCCCACCACCAACGGCACGCUGGAAGAGAAUGGCAAGAAGAGUGAAUAUCACUGUAGCGGUUGUGGGCAGUUGGCAGCCCCGGACAGUCCCGUCGUGUACGCAGAGAGAGCGGGAUACGAGCGGCUCUGGCACCCUACCUGCUUUGUGUGUGUGGAGUGUGGCGAGGCGCUGGUUGAUCUGGUGUACUUCUGGAGGAAAGAGACUCUGCUGUGUGGCCGGCAUUACUGCCAGAGUCUGAAGCCGCGCUGCCCGGGCUGCGAUGAGCUGAUCUUCUCAGAGACCUGCCAUCAGGAAAAUGGCCAGGCUUGGCAUAAGGAGCAUUUCUGCUGCUGGCAGUGUGGCCAGAAUCUUCGCGUUCAGUGUGGCUGCACCAAAAAAACGCAAAAGUGAACGCACCAAGCUGAUGAACCAACCUGCUGAGUGGAAGCAGAAGGCCAGUUUGGAUAUACUGCAUCGUUUUUAGCCCAUUCUUCCGACCUGACGUGCCAUCCAGACUGUAUCUCCCUACUAUAUAUGAAUUAUAAAUAGGAAUAGAAAUGACGUCACACCAUUAAUUUAGACAGUGGUGGCAGUUAUAUCUAAAUAAAUAGUGUAUGUGUAAAGAGAGUGAACUUUUCAUUAGUUCAAGUGUAAAUCAUAAAACGCCUGAUCCUAACUAACCCCAACCCCACCCCACCCCCCCCCCCCACCCCAAAAAAAAAAAAAAAAAGCUCCAAGGUGGUUUUAGGAUGUUAUGGAGAAUUUGUAAAAAGAACGACCCACGCCUGAGUGUUUAGAGAAAAACCAUACUGCACUAAUGCUUCACGUCAUUAUAUAAUGCAGUCAUGGGUGCAACUUGGCUGAGAACGAGAGCUGAUGUGAUGAUGAACAUGAUGGACCUUUAGGGCUGAGACCUGUUUGCAUCAUACAUCUGGUUACCGCAGCACACGAGAGCACGUGGAUGACUCGUAGAUGAGCUGCGGGUUUGUCAGAAACAACCAGAAGUGAUUAGACUGUGAGCUCAAAGCAUAAAGUGACCCUGAUUUUCCUUCACUGGGUGACAGACAAGAUCGAAAUUUCAGACUCAGCAAACGAAACAGAAACAGAGAAAGAGAUUGUAGAAAACAGUUAACGCCAACUGUUUUGGUGCGAGGCAGAGGUUCUGGGCGGAGUGAAAGGUUCCAGCUUCCUCUCCAGCCGAGCUGUCUGGAGUUUCACAAGCGGCCGUUUGCUGGUGCUGUCAGAGAUAAAACAGGUCCUGUCUCGUAUAAGCAUGUGGGUAAGAGUUCAUGGAGUGAAUACAGCCUAUGUGCGAGGGCGUUUCACGCGAGUGUGUUUGUAAAUAUUUCAUAGCCCUGACACUUAGGGCCUGAGCUAGGAUUCCUGUAAUGGUGGGAGUGUUAGAUUGCAUAAAGCCACGAUUUAUAUUAAGUGUCCUUAAGUAUCAUAUAAAUAAUUAUCUAACAAUUUAUUUAAGUACAAAUGAUUAGAAUGAAGUACUUGUUAGUACUUGAUUUAUGUACGGUCCCUUCCGAAAUUAUUGGAAUAGCAUGGUCUAAGCUUUUUUUUUUUUUUUUUUUUUGCUGUAGAUUGAAGACAUUUUGGGUUUGAGAUCAACAGAUGAAUAUAGAAUUUCAGCUCAUAUUUCCUGGUGUGUGUGUGUGUGUGUGUGUGUGUGUGUGUGUGUGUGUGUGUGUGUGUGUGUGUGUGUUAAAUGACAUCGAACAGCACUUUUUGUUUCAGACCACCCAAUUUGUAUUCGAGCAAAAAUAUUAGAACAAGGUGUUUCUUGUUACCCAGCUGUGUCCUGUUAGAUUGAUUGAUUGUUUAAACAAUAACUAUCUCUGAACAUCUACUCUUGGUUUUAGUCUUCAGUUUCACCUGUGAAAACUGCAUUUGUUGUUAAAAAGGAAACACCAACAUGAAGAUCAGAGAGCGGUCUAUGGGAGAAAAGGAAGCCAUUUUGAAGCUGAGAAGAGAGAAAAUCUUUCGGUGUAUAGCACAAACAAAUGAACUGGCUAAAACUGUUCCAAUAGUUUCAGAAGGGACUGUACAUGAAAGUACUAGUCAACUGUUUAGAGACACUAAACUUUAUUAGGAACAUUCAAGGAGUUAUCCAGUCAGCCAGUAACGUCAGACGAGAGUAAUAGCCAGACUGGUUUAAGCUAACAGGAAGACUAUGGUAACUCAAAUAGCCGGUCUUUACGACCGCGGUGAGCAAAAAAGCAUCGCAGAACGCCUAACACAUAGAACCUUGAGGUCAGCCGGUCUACGUUGGGAGAAGACCACAGUAGAUUCCGGUUUUGCUGAAGCCGUGCCCGCUGUAGCCUCAGAUUCCUGUUUUUGGCUGACAGGAGUGGAACCCGAUGUGGUCUUCUACUGUUGUAGCUCAUCUGCCUCAGAAUGUGAUGUAUUGUGUGCUCUGAGAUGCUUUUCUGCUCACCACAGUUGAGACUGUUCUGUAUAAAGUGUACAUCAAACUCAUACCAUCUGGCAUCAGCAACUAUGACACGGUCACCAUAAAGCAGCAUUAAGUACAUCAAGUAUAUUUGUAAUACUUAAGGAUGCUUAAUAUAAAGUUUACAGUAUAAAACUGUGUGUGUGUGUUGAAGGAAAUCUUUAUUUCCCUGCCUACGAUGUUGAUCUCUCUGUGAGAUAUAAAAUCCAUCACAAUCAUCAGAUUUCUGCAACACCAGCCACAAGCAGCAGUCCUGGACUGGAACUGCGUCCAAGCCUGAGCAGUUUGGAUUUCUGGCAGUAAUGUAACCCAUAUCAUAUCGCUGCUGUUUUAAAUGUUUAUACAGAUGUUUCAGUUAAGCUUUAGAGAGAAAAUAAAUGCCUUACAUGUGAAAACGUGCCAGUUCCUGCUUAUUUUUAUUAUGAAUAUUAAGUUUCGUAUGGUUAAGAUUAAUGCGUUUGGAGAGAGAAUCAAAGUGUAGACGUGACAUCGCAUGGUUAUUUUUCUUUCACAAUGAUCUAGUACACAGUCCCUGAGGGCAACUCGAAACGGACGAUCUUUGAAACUGGAGAAGUUUAGAUAUCAAGGAUUGUUUGUGUUCGUAUUUAUUAAUGAUGUGAAAAUCAUAAACUUGUGCUCACCUUUUGGUAGAAUGUCGUCUCAUUGGAUUUGAGAUAAUAAAAAAAAUAAUAAAAAAGAGGAACGUGUUUUAUGCUGGUAAUUUAUGAAGGUGAUGUGUAUCCGUGAAUGUAGGGUAGUUCAUUAAAAAGGUACGAAAUGAUCUUUAGAACUGGAAUGUUCACAUUGUAAAAUUGUGAAAGCAGGACGAGACGUUUCAGGCAUGAUCGAAUCAGUUUAUUACCUUUCGAAUGAUUUGAUUGCCAGUGGAAAAGGGAGUAGUUGCAUAUUUUUGAGAACAUGGGUAUAUACUGUUGAUAUUACGUUGCUUACGUUGCUUACUUACUAUAUACAUUGGUAUAUAGUAUUUUGUUAUUACGUUGACGUGCUUACGGUGAAUAAAUCAACUGGAAGGCUGACCUUGGAGUGGAAAAUGGAUAAAGGACACUAACCAAAGUUCUGCUUUAGUCUGUAUGAAAUGAUCAGAUCUUUUUGUUUUUGACUUUUUAAGAAUAAAUCUCAAUUUUGGUAUCUGAAAGGAAUCUUUUUAAUGAUUCUAUUCAUGUAUAAAUCUGAAAGCGAUGUUUGGGUCCGUUGCUAAAUAAUAAUGUCGAUUCGAUGGUUUGUGUUGUUUGUUUUAAAACGGCAUUAUAUGAUGCGAAGCUUUUACGCAGCAGUUUUUUUUGUUGUUGUUGUUGUUCAUAACAGUCGAGUGCAAAAGUUUGUAUCCCCUCAUGGCUUUUGAAGGUGGAAAAAUAAAAACAUACCACUAGUUUACAAUCUAUCUACAAAAUUCCAUACUACAGUACAUCCACUUCUGAGUGGAUCCGAAAGCUGAUUCGAGGAAUCAAAAAAAUCUAAUUUAUUAAAGAAUAUUUAUAUCAUCGGUUCUGAACUGGUAUAAUUUUGUAUGUUUUCACUGUUAAUAUGUUAGCUUCUAUUAUUUGAAUAUUGAUUUGCUAUGAAAUUUUUUUUUUUUGUCCUAAGGGUAUGCAAACUUUUGCCCUGGACUGAUUAAAAAAAAGAAGUAAUUUUCCAAAUAAGAUGACCUGGUUGACAAUUAUGCCUCCAUAUUUAAAUGUAUUUCCUCGACCAAGGAAUAAAUACCACAAAAUAUA